ACCGCUGCAGAUUUUCUUCCGAGUAAUUGGUGGAAGACCCACUGGCUGAAUGGCAGCUGUGGAUGAUUUGCAGUUUGAAGAAUUUGGUGAUGCCGGCACUACUCUAUCAGCAAAUCCAGAAGAUACCACGAUAAAUAUUGAGGAUCCUGACGAAACCCCAAAGCAUCGGCCAAGAACCCCAAGAGGCUCAGGGAGAGAAGAGGAUGAUGAGUUACUGGGGAACGAUGACUCAGACAAAACAGAGUUACUCGCUGGACAGAAGAAAAGCUCCCCCUUCUGGACAUUUGAAUAUUAUCAGACAUUUUUUGAUGUGGAUACUUACCAGGUCUUUGACAGAAUAAAAGGGUCUCUUUUGCCAAUACCUGGAAAAAAUUUUGUAAGAUUGUAUAUCCGCAGCAAUCCCGAUCUCUACGGCCCCUUUUGGAUAUGUGCCACAUUGGUCUUUGCCAUAGCAAUUAGUGGGAAUCUUUCCAAUUUUUUAAUCCAUCUGGGAGAGAAGACGUACCAUUAUGUGCCUGAAUUCCAGAAAGUGUCCAUAGCAGCUACCGUCAUCUAUGCCUAUGCCUGGCUUGUUCCUUUUGCGCUCUGGGGUUUUCUCAUGUGGAGAAACAGCAAAGUUAUGAACAUCGUUUCCUACUCGUUUUUGGAGAUUGUGUGCGUCUAUGGAUAUUCACUCUUCAUUUAUAUUCCCACAGCAAUACUGUGGAUCAUCCCCCAAAAAGCUGUUCGCUGGAUUCUAGUCAUGAUUGCACUGGGCAUCUCAGGAUCUGUCUUGGCAAUGACAUUUUGGCCAGCUGUUCGUGAAGAUAACCGACGCAUUGCAUUGGCUACAAUUGUGACGAUUGUGUUGCUUCAUAUGCUUCUUUCUGUGGGCUGUUUGGCAUAUUUUUUUGAUGCACCAGAGAUGGAUCAUCUCCUGGCUACAGCUACUCCAAACCAAACAGUUUCAGCAGCCAAGUUCAGCUAAAAAAGAAAG